AUGAACCAAGAGAUCUUAGUGUCAACCGGAGAGGUUUCGUCCGACCUUGCGCAUGCGGAUGCAUUUGGUUCUCCGGAGGAUUUCGCAGAGGCCUUGGACCAUCUAAUGGAAUCAGCUCGGGCCGCUGCCCUCGCAAAGCGAAGAAAGCAGGUUCAAGAGCUACUGAACUCCUUUUCCAACACGACCGCCGCCACUUUGACAUUGGGCGAAGAUGGCACAGCUUCAGAAUGCACAAUCUGUAAGGAAGACCUCUCUCAAGUUCGACAAACAGUUGUUCAGCUCCCAUGUCAUCCAUCAAAUCUUUUUCACAGAGACUGCAUUAAAAACAGAACACAAGCUGCCCUAUAUGCCGACCUGGAUUCCAACUACCACCUCCGUCGAACUCGGAACCCUCUGGUUAAAUUGGCGGAGCGGCAUUCUUCUGUUGUAUCUUUUUCUAGUACGAACGUUUAG